ACGUAUCAGGCGACGUGUCACGGCAGCAUCGCGAGGCAAGAGCAGCGCCAGCCUACUACAUACUAGGCAGCACGCUGCACGUCGGCACGUGCCAACCCAUGUGCUGUGCGUGCCCGGCAACGGCAACGGCAACGGCAACUAGCUAGUUUGAUCUCUCUUUCUCCAUCCACUCUCUCCCCCGCAUCUCAAAUGUCUGAACCCAUGGCCGAGGUCGACGCCAGGGCGGCGGCCGCGGCCCCGGGCGACGCCGGCCGCGCCAGCAGCCUCGCGGAAGGCGGGCAGCCGCCGCCAGUGAAGGGGGGCGCGACCAUAUCCGCGUCGGUCGUCCUGCUCGCGGUGCUGGCGGCCUCCGUCGCGGCGCUGCUGAUGUCGUCGGUGCCCCGCGCCGGCGACGGGGAUGGCAAGGGCGUCGUCGGCAGCGGGAUGCAGGGCGCCGGCGCCGGGCCCGGGGAGGCAGCGGCGGGGAAGCGCGCCGAGCCCAUCGAGCACGCGGUCGGCGACGCUGGCAUCCCGGGGUUCAACAGCCGCCUGGACGCGUUCCGCGCGUGGGCGAGGCUGACGUGGAUGAAGCUCCGGCGGGCGCGCUCCGACGAGCCUCGGUACGGCGACACCGCCGCCGCCGGGAGCGCCGGCUCUGUGGCGGACGCGGCCAGGAAGAGCUUCGAGUUGGGCAAGGAGACGGUGGAGCAGGCGGCGGCAACGGCGGCGAGGGCCACGGGGGACGCCGUGGAGGCGACCAAGGAGAAGGCGAAGGGAGCGGCCUCACCGUCCUCAGACGACUCGGAGCUCUGAGCAGAGCACGCCGCGUUCAUUGGCCCCCGUGUCCCUGUAAAAACGGUGUUACGCAGAUGUGCGAUGUAUGUACUCCAGUCUCUCUUUAUCUACAGUGACUUGCUAGUUGUUACUCUGUGCAUAGCUGACGGCUGUUCGCGUGACCUGUGUGCGCGCGUCUUGUGCGUGCAUGUGGGGGUGUCUGGGUCGUGUGUGCGCGCGUGUCUGCGUGUGUGCCUUGUAUGUGUGUCGCGCGCGCUCGUGUCUGUCGCGUGCGUGCGUGUGUCGCGUCUGGAUCGUGUCAUGUGUGCGCGUGUUGUGUGUGUGUGACACUCAGAGAAAGAUGUCAAACAUGGCAGAAAUAAGGCAUCUUAUCGAUUCGACAC